UGUUACACUUCCUUAACUCAUAUGUGCCCUAACUCCAACAUGCCCCUUUCCUCACCAUUUCCAUGACUCCAUUUUUGUCCUAACCUCUCAUCCAUUUGAUUUCCCUAUAAAAAUUCAAACUUUUUUUCUCCAUCAUCACCUCAUCAUACUAUCCAAAACUGUUUAUUUCCAUUCAAAUUAAAGGUUCCAUUAUUGGCUAUGGAGCUUCUCGCUGCUAAGAUCAACUCCGCCGCGGCCAUUCUCCUCCUCCUCCUUCUCGUCGCCGCCGCGCCGUGGCCAAGGGCCACGGCGGCGGGCGUUGAUUCCUUGGUCUACGAUAUCGAUUACCGGGGGCCGGAAACCCACUCAAAUAACAUCCCUCCGCCGAAUAGAGGCGGCGGGAGGCACAACUUUCGCCGGCGGCCGAUCGCGGCGGCGCGUCACAAAUCCAAGGGCGUGAGAGCGAGUAAGGGUGGACGUAAUGGGAAGAAGAAGUAAGAAGAAGACUAAUGAUGUUGAACAGUGCAUCCUAGCAAGAAGAUCGACAAUUAAUUAAGAGAGUAUUGAUGAUUAAGAUCUGAUGGGGUUUAUUUGAUGUAUUGAAAUUGAUGAUGAUGAUGAUCAAGAACAGCUAAGUUUCUAUUUUGUGAUGUGCUAAGAAGAAUUGAUGUUUUCUAGAAACUAAGAAUCAAGAAUAUAUAUUAUAUAUAUAUAGUAUCAUCAAAUGUGGUCAGAUUUCACUGUAUUUAUUAUUUUACAGUGUGAAAGAUAAUCGUAGAACUUGUUUGGUGUUAGGUUAUUGCGUAUUCAGAAAGUAAUGUGAAGAUAAAAAUAAUUUAUUAAUGAUGUUGAGCUAUUUGAGCUUUUAAUAUAUAUCCAUUGUCCCACUUUGUCCGGAAAGUAGAACUUUAGUCUUUUGUUCAGCUGAAUUGCCAUACUUUAUAUAUUUUUAUAUGGUCUGUCGAGUGAGGGGCCAUUGGGGUUAAAGAUUCAACCUUUUAGGAAGAAAAUCAUUCUUUAGUUGAAUUUUUAGUGAAUAUUUUUCUCUUUAAGAGAUAAUUAUUUUAACUGUUGUAAAAUGUGAGUAGUUGUAGAAAAGUAAUUGCAAUCUUUAAACAAUACUGUGAACCCUAAUGCAUAUGUAUGUGUCUUAUAUUGUAAGUUUUUAUAUUUUGUGUUAUGAAAUUAUGUAUGUGUCUUUGUGUUAGAAGUUAAGUUAUUGUAAUGGUGUUUUUAGAACAAGGCCAUCCAAUUAAAAGGAAGAUAAUAUGAUGCAUGGUCAUGUUUUCUUGUAUCUUAGACUUAGGUUCCUCCAUGACAUUUUAACCAUUCCUAACUGUAUCGUAUGUGCCUUAGGGGGCGUUUGGUUCAAGGGAUCUAACAUUACCCUGGUAAUUUGAGAAAGGUAAUGUUAGAUUAUCAUGUUUGGUUUAGGUAAUCUGAGAGGCUAAGUAAUAUAAGAUGACUGCCACGUAUGAAAUGGGGUAUGUUUGAGGUAAUCUGAUUACCAAGUUUUGGUUAGGUAAUGUGAGAUUACUUUUUAAUAUUCCAAAAUUGCCCUCAACUAUCCUUCUUUUAUUCAUCAGACACAGACAAUACAUGAUGCUGGGAAAUGGAAAUUGAAUGGAAAA